UGAUGAAUAUUUAUAAAUAGUAAGAAGAUAAUAUUCUAUAUGUAUUCUCAUAUCGCGUUAUAAAUUAGAAACAAUAAAAGAAGAAGUAGAAAAUGUAAGAAAGCAUUUUAAGACAGAAGAAGAUAUAUAGAAGUUCGAAAAUAGAUUAAUAGUAGAUAUGGUUGAUAUGUGUUAAGGAUAUUUUUAAGCAAACUCAAAUUAAGAAGAAGUAUUUAUUUUUUAUUUAUUAAUUAUUUUAAUAAAUAAAUUUAAAGGUUUUGAUAUAAUUAAAUACAAAAAAACUCAAUUUCGAAAAAUACCCUUAACUAUAUAGUAAAUUAGAUUUAGAUUAAUAUAAAAUUGAUGAAUGGUCACUUUUCUUAGAUGAAUAAAAAUAAAGCAUUCUUAAAUAUAUAACAAUGUUUGAUGAAAAAAUGGCUUAAUAACCUAAAAAAGAACCUGUAGAUGAAAAUAUAUACAAAAUUUCAUUAGAACCUAAAAUCGGUGGUCUUUCUAUAUCUGAAACAUCUUAAAUUAUUAAAUAUUUGUAUUUUGGAACUAUAUUUAGUAUUAUUGCUUUUAUUAUUUAUUAUGGAUAUAAAUAAACUGAUUAAAAUAUAAAAGUUAAAGGAUAAAAAGAUAAGAAAAAAGACAAGAAAAAAGACUGAAGAAAUAAUAUAUUUAAAAAAAAAAAAUUGAUAUCAAAUAUUAUAUUUUUUUUUUAAAUAAAAAUAAUAAAUAUGUAAUUAUUUUUAUUUUUCAAUUAUUAAUGUUUUAUAAAGUUGGAAUAUGUU